AUGCAGGGCCACCUUUCUGAGCGUUUACUUGGUCGUUCGUAUUCGGCGUCCUGGACGAACAUGAGCUCGAAUGCAAUUGCAGGCGAAUCGGCAAGAGACGGGGUCAGGACUUCUUUGCCAGUCAACUGGCGACAGCACGCCACCGAAAACAUCUGGUCGUCUCCAAAGCCACGGACAAAGGACUCCUUCCCAAAACCAUGGUAUACGACUAUUUCACUUGAAGCUGAAAGUGUUGAUAUUGUUGUCGCAAAGGACAAAGCGGGCAUGAAGUUCAACAUGUCACCAGAUCCUCACACACUCCCAAUCCUCCAUCCCUACCCGCCUCACCACUCUCUAAGAAGAACAAACCACCAAGCAACCAUGAUGCUCACCAUCCUCUCCACCCUCUCCCUCCUGCUCUCCCUCCUCCCUACAGCCUCAGCCGCACUCGUCUCCCCAUAUCCCAAAUACAUCCAAUGCGCAUUCAAGAACGUGCAUCUCUUCAACACAAUCGCAGCCUUCUGCGACAAGAAGACUCCCUUCCAAGUCCCCUCUGACGUGGCCAAAACCGGCGCUCAAGCUAAACCUUAUGGUAAAGGUCCUAUCACCGUCAAUUCGCUCAAGAUUACAGGCGCCUGCAACCCAAAACAGCCAGUCAGCAGAGAAGUCUGCCGAGAGCAGUUCUUUACGAUCUGUGCGGAGGGUGGGAAAGGUGGUGGAGGAACGCUGGUGGCGAGUAGCCAGGUCAGGAGACUCGGUCAGGGGUGGAAGCGUGAUGCUGAGGCUGAUGAGGAGCUUGGGGAGACGGAGGGAGGGAGUGAGGAGGUGUUUGAGCAGUUGUUGCGGAGCUUUGAGGAAGAGGGGGAGCAGGGGCAGACGAUUAAGUCUAGGUUGCGAAGAGGAAUGGAGAGGAUUAUGGGGAGGGAUGGUGGAGUUGGGGUUGAAGGGAAGAAACCUGGACCGCAUGAUGGGGAGCAUGUUCAUGAGCCUUGA